AUGGGAUUCAGAUUGGGAUCGAAGUUGGUGGGUGGCGGUGGUGGUGCUGGCGGCAGCAGUGGAGGCAGUGGUGUUUUAGAUCUCACAAAGUUGGGUGCUAAGCCUAAGGGUGAUAUUACUCAGGCUUUCACAACUGCAUGGACGCAAGCAUGUGCAUCCACCGCUGCAACUAAAAUAUUGAUUCCAAAAGGAGAGUAUAAUUUAGGUGAAGUCAACAUCAAAGACCCUUGCAAGAGUCCAAUUGAGAUUGAACUCCAAGGAACGUUGAAAGCUCCCAUUGUAACAAAAACAGAUGGAUGGCUUACUAUCGGAAAGGUUACUCACUUAACAUUGUCGGGCACUGGAGUUUAUGAUGCCCAAGGAAAAGAAAGUUGGAAAUUGAAUGAUUGCCACGUAAACAAGAAGUUCAACUUUGUUAACAACUCAAUAGUGAAGGGUAUAACUUCAUUGAACAGCAAGAAUUUUCAUGUCAAUGUCAUGGGCUGCAAUAACGUUACCUUCGACCAUUUCACAAUUAUUGCACCAGAGGACAGUCCAAACACCGAUGGAAUUCACAUAGGUCGUUCUAGUGGGAUUAACAUCAUCAGCUCCAACAUUGGAACUAGAGAUGAUUGUGUGUCUAUAGGAGAUACAAGCAAACAAAUAACGAUCACAGAUGUCACUUGUGGACCAGGACAUGGCAUUAGCAUAGGAAGUUUGGGAAAGUUUGAAGGUGAAGAGAUCGUGGAAGGAGUUAUAGUAAAAAAGUGCAAAUUAAUUAAUACUUCCAACGGUGUUACGAUCAAAACAUGGCCUGGUACUCCUGGCACUGGUAGGGUCACUGACAUGCAUUUUGAAGAUAUUGAAAUGGUUAACGUUAGCAAUCCUGUCUUUAUAGACCAAGAAUAUUGUUCACACAACCACUGCGAGAGAAGAGUCCAUCACAGAUUAAGAUCUCAAAAGUUACCAUUAAAAAUAUUAAAGGCACUUCUGCUACUCCGGUAGCAGUCAAACUUGUUUGCAGCAAAAGUCAUCCAUGUGAAGGUGUAGA